CUCAGACGUCGGGUUACGCGCGGCGGCGAGUGGGCCGCGGGGCGGAGGUACCGGCUCCCGGCUUCGACUCCCGGCCCGGAGCUCGGCGGCGCGGCCCCGGCAGGCAGCGAGGCCGGGCGGGCGGGCUGGCUGCGGCGCCCCGCGCCCCUCCGCCAGGCCCGCCAUGCAGGGCCCCGCCGGGAACGCGAGCCGCGGGCUCCCGGGCGCGCCGCCCUCCACCGUCGCGUCCGGGGCGGGCCGCUGCGAGAGCGGCGCGCUCAUGCACAGUUUCGGCAUCUUCCUGCAGGGGCUGCUCGGCGUCGUGGCCUUCAGCACAUUGAUGCUCAAGCGCUUCAGAGAACCAAAGCACGAGAGACGGCCGUGGAGGAUAUGGUUUUUAGACACUUCUAAACAAGCCAUAGGAAUGCUGUUCAUCCACUUUGCAAAUGUGUACCUAGCAGAUCUCACUGAAGAGGACCCUUGCUCACUGUACCUCAUCAACUUCCUCCUGGACGCCACCGUGGGCAUGCUGCUCAUCUACGUGGGGGUGCGCGCCGUCAGCGUCCUGGUGGAGUGGCAGCAGUGGGAGUCCUUGCGAUUUGGCGAAUAUGGAGACCCUCUGCAGUGCGGAGCCUGGGUUGGGCAGUGUGCGCUUUACAUCGUGAUCAUGAUUUUUGAAAAGUCUGUCGUCUUCAUCGUUCUCCUCAUACUUCAGUGGAAAAAGGUGGCCCUGUUGAACCCCAUUGAAAACCCAGACCUGAAACUGGCCAUCGUCAUGCUGAUCGUCCCCUUCUUUGUCAAUGCUUUGAUGUUUUGGGUCGUGGACAACUUCCUCAUGAGGAAGGGGAGGACGAAAGCUAAACUGGAAGAAAGGGGAGCCGACCCGGACCCGAGGGACGGGAGCAAGGUCCGCUACCGAAGGGCCGCGUCCCACGAAGACUCAGAAUCGGAGAUCCUGAUCUCCGCCGACGACGAGAUGGAGGAGUCUGACGCGGAGGAGGACCUGCGCCGACUGACCCCCCUGAAGCCUGCGAAGAAGAAGAAGCACCGCUUCGGGCUGCCGGUCUGACGCGCUCCUGUGCUGGGGUCAGGCGUGGGGGCUCCCUCGGGUCAGCAGGUGGUCGCUGCGCAGUGUCCUUCCUUCCCUCCUCUCUGCCCCUCCUCUUCUACCUCCACUCCUCUCGCUGUCUCCGCCCGCUCCCAGACGGCUGUGACUUGCCAGAGGGAGGCCGGGCCAGCGCUGAGGGGCUCCAGGCAGCCGGAGGUCCCCACUCAGUUGCACUACAAACACUGACCAAAUAUGCAAGUGAGGCGUUCUGUGUGUCUGUCAUUGUCCCAGACGGUGUUGCGAGGGACCCAGAAGCCCCGUCCUGUGUCUGGCUGGGUGGCACUGAGGAGGAAAACUGACGCGCACAGACUGGGUAGAGCCUUUCCCCAAGGCUCGGGGAGCGUGAGGAUGUAACACAUUUUGGGCUAAAAGUCACUCAUUGACCAAGUUGGAACCGCAAUGCUUUCUUACUCCAAAUGGCUUUGUAACUACUGAUUUCUAAAGCCGGUUUUAUGAGCUGUCACAGUGUUAAUGUUUUUUGAGUAUGUGUUUAUUUCCUAUGGGACUAAUGGGCAAAAACAUAGAUUUUUAAGUCUUCCGUAUGCUGUUGACUUUUAUAUUUUUAAGUUAUAUUUUCAUACUAUUGUAUUUAAAAACUCUUUUUAAUCCCCCAAAGAAAUGGGUUUGUCUGCCUUUCAUGGGAUGUGAACUAGUGGGAAGAAAAAGUUGGGAGUUUUUUUAUUUGGGAUAUUUUUAGGUAAUCUGAGAGGAGAUGAGGCCAGUGGUCCCAGCAGGAAGGGAGAGGAGCCCUUGUCUGAAAGGGAUGAACCCAGUGGGUCUGUAAAGGCCGCGGCUGAGUGGGAGGCAGCUGGUCUGAAGGCCUGUCCGGGGACAAGUGGGUCCAGCGCUUGGCUUUCUGCUGGCAGUUUAGAGGUCUGAGUUAAAUGUGACCAAGAGAAGAGCCUAGAGGUCUGUGUCCAGAGAACUGAAACCAUAGGGGCCACCCCUGUGAGUUCCCUGCCUCUCUUCAGUCUCCACAGCUGAAGUAUAAAAUUCAGUAUGAGCCUCCUUGCCUCCCAGUGCAAGGUGGAGCCUUUGGAACCAGCUGCUGGACCAGCCUCAGUAACCUCCUCUCAGGCUGCCCUAUGUCUGUCGUCUUGGUGUUGUCCCCCUGUUGAGCACAACGGUCUGAGGAACGCCCGCCUGACCCAGUGAUCUUGUUUCUCAUGGCCUCAGAGCAGCAGGGCAGCUGGAGAGGGGGCGGGUCGAGGUGUGGGAGCUCACUGUCCGCGUCCGCAGGCAGGCUAGAUGCUUCGAGGCCCAGGUCCCCUCCCUGGGGAGUGGCCCUCACUCCUCAGCAUGGCCACAGGCCUCCACAGCUCUGGAGGCGUGCUGACCACAGUGGUCCGGGUCGGCCUGAGCACUCGCCCUGCUGUGGGAGCAGCACGGUGGGACAGCCAGUGUUCCGUCAUGGCCCUGAGACAGCCACAGAAGCUGAGGAACGGAAAACUGCACCACUAAGGCGCAAGCUAGAAGGGAGGCAAGUACAGGGAGGCCACCUGGCCCAUAACCUUCCUUUAUAGACCUACGCACAAAUGUGCUGCCCUUAAGUAGAUUGGGUCUGAAUUGUGGUGUGGGAGCCAGGCCACUAUGCUCUGGGCCUGCCUUCCCCCAGGAACCAGAGGCCUGAAAGGAACUGGGCCCUGUCAUGGCCCUGGGUGGCCACUCUGUGAAUGUAGGUGUCUACAGGCGGGAGACAAGGCUGCGUGUAAGACAAGAGGCCUUGACCGCAUUUGCCCUCACUUCGGCUCUUCACCCCCGCCCGCCCCCAGCCAUAGUGGACUGUUCCUCCUGGAGAAUCGGUGCUGGGGAAGGCCAGAACUGACAUUGUGCCUGCUACGUGUCAGCCCCUUGUGGCGUUGCUGGCUCUCCCUACUUUUCCCCCCUGUCUCAUCUUGUAUGAACAGCCUGUGCCUGCUGCUGUCCCCGUACCUUCCUGAGCUCCGAAUCAGCAGUGCUUUCAGUCUUGAGCUCCAGGCACAGUGGUGGGGGAACCACAGUCUCUGGAAGGUGGAAAGUAGGCUUUCUGUAGGCCUCAGACAAUCUGCUCAUCUCAAGGCCUGUCCCAGUGCCUGCAGGGCAGGGGUUUGGGGAGCAAAGUGGUGGCUAGUGAGGGCUGGUUUUCCCUUGGAUCCUGAAUUUCAGUAAGGGCUUUAGUCUCUGAGUCACUGUCGUAGAGCUGACCAGGGUAUGGGUCUCUAAUCAUAGAGAGCCAUGUGAUGUGUAGGACUGGACAGCGUGGCCUCGCCGGUUUAGCCGUCCCUUCCCUUCCGGCUGUGUGUGUGUGAGUGUGUGUGUGUGUGUGUGUGUGUGUGUGUGUGUAUGCACAGGCACACGCAUACACACACACAGAGUUUGUAUUCCCUGGAGUGUUUCCUGUAAUCCCUGGGAAUUUUUCUUUGUUGCAUUGUCGCAAGAGACCAGAUGCAGAGGGCCAUGGUCAGAACGUUCUCCUGAACUGUCCUCCUUCUCUGGGAUGAGUCUCCUUACCACCUGCCCCGAGGUGCCUUACUCAGUACAGCUCUUUACCCAGCCACAUGGCAAGUGUCACAGUGCUUGAGAAACCAUGGGACACCAACCGGAUAUUGUGUGCUAUCCAUCUGAUCAGUGCAGAUGUGGACAUUGGCCAAGGCCCCCCUGAUGGAAGCUUGUAAGUCAGGGUCAUGAAUGAGUUUCUUGUACCUAAUGGAAAUAACCUGGUGAGGUAGAAACUAUCACGUCUGAAUGGAAGGAAUCGUUGUUGGCCUUAUUUCCUUUCGCUGUCAGUGGGAUGUUAGCAGUGGCGGGGGCAGGGGAUGUUGGUGAGAUCUUGGGCGGCAGUGGCUUCUUGGUCUGCUCAGAAGACCUUCAAGGUAGAGGCCUGUGGCCCAUCAGUUAGCGCUCAGGCACGCUGGUGGCCUCCUGCCUCAAGCUUUAACUAGUGCCCCUUCCUGGCAACUGCAAGUCCUAGGCGAAUGUUGACCACUCAUGCCUUUAAAGGGAAACCUAGAGGGGCUCAGAUUCUAGGCAGUCUAGUCCUGCAGGCUGCAGCCCAGAGUCCCCAUCGGAAGGCUGCCCAGGAGCCCACUCUGCCCUCCAGACAGCAACGUGCUGGUCUUUUUGCAGCCAAUCCAACAUAGACGCUCUGGAACUUCUCAUUGGCCAAAGCAGCCACCUUGUAGGGUUGGCUUUUAGAAGUUGCACACACUUCUGACCGGGAGAGGAGACCUCUCUGUUCUCCCCUGUGAAGCACUGGCAGCUCUGAAGGGCUUUGCUCUCUGGGAGGGACUUCCAGUCCGAUGGCCGUCAGCACCUUGAGCUCCUGGCUGGGGGGGUGAGCUGUCUCAUUUGGUCUCUCUUUCUCAUGAUGUUUAUUAGAACUCAGAACUGUGUGAGCAAACCAUGGCCUAUUUCCACUGCCCUUCCGGUGGGGGUGUUUCAGCAGUGGUGUUAAGAUUCACAGAAACACAUUUUUGAAAUGAAAGGGAAGACGAUGUACUUACAUUGUAAAAUGGUUUACAAUAAAGUUUCACAUCUUAAUACA